GCAGACACGGACGCGCUCCAAACUCCUGACUGAGUCCUGACUACUGACAGAAGAGUUCGUUCAGGGAUCAGAUCGAGAUCUUUCAUUUAUCCAGCUGUGAUCAUUGUUAUUUUUCUAUCGCCUGAAUUCUUUUGACCGACUGUAGAUCUCAGGAACGCACUAUGGAGGAACGGAGGACCUGGUGGUGCUACGUGAGGGUGAUUAGCGCACUUUUGGGGUGUGUGUGGUGCUUGCUGAACUCUGUGGAUUGCUAUAAUUUAGACCUGGAUAACUUUUUGCACUUCAGCGGACCUAACGGAUCUUUAUUCGGGUAUUCGGUUCUUCUGCACGAGGUGCCAGAGAGCCCAUGGUUGGUUGUGGGAGCACCAGUUGCUGACUCGGCUUUUGACCCCAAUGUCAAAAAACCUGGAGCCAUCUACAAGUGCCAUGUGUUAACCAAGAAGUGUGAACCACUCCAAACUGGUGUGGAGGAAUGUGGGAAAACAUGCCAGGCUGAAAACGAUAACCAGUGGCUGGGAGUCAGCCUGUCCCGACGCCCAUCCAGCGGUGAAGUACUGGCAUGUGGACAUCGCUGGAAGAACGUCUACUUCAUGAAGAAAGACAAUCAAAACAAGCUGCCACAUGGCGUCUGCUUUCAGUUCAACUCCAAUUUUAGCAGUACGACCAACUACAUCCCCUGCUACAGAGAUCAUCAGAGGAAAUUUGGUGAGAACUAUGGAUCCUGUCAGGCCGGGAUUUCUAAUUUCCUCACUGAGGAUCUGAUGAUAAUGGGAGCUCCAGGUAGCUCUUACUGGACCGGUUCUGUUCUGGUCUACAACAUCUCCAGCAAGGUUUUUGCUGCCUACGUGGACGAUGACAACACGGUGCUCUUUGGCAGCUAUCUUGGUUACUCUGUGAGUGCUGGUCACUUCCUUUCCCCCUACAGUAUGGAGAUAGUGGGCGGUGCGCCUCAGCACAGCCAGACGGGCAAAGCUUAUAUCUUUAAAAUGGAAGGAAACACUCUGAGCAUCGUGAAUGAGACGAGCGGCUCUCAGCUGGGCUCAUACUACGGUGCGAGUGUUUGUGCGGUAGACCUGAACGCUGAUGGACUGUCUGAUCUGCUGGUUGGUGCUCCGAUGUUCAGUACAGUGAGAGAGGAGGGUUGUGUUCACGUCUACAUCAACCAGGGCCAUGCCAACAUGAAGGAAGCAGAAUUCAAGCUGGUGGGCAGAGAUUCGUAUGCAGCCCGCUUUGGAGAGACCAUCACUGACCUCGGAGACAUUGACAAUGAUGGAUAUCCAGACAUUGCCAUCGGCGCACCGCAGGAGGAAGACCUACGUGGAGCUAUUUAUAUCUACAAUGGGAGGAAGACUGGGAUUACGUCUAGCUUCUCACAAAGGAUCUCAGGCUCCGUCCUUGGCACCAGUCUCAGCAUGUUUGGACAGUCCAUUUCUGGAGGCAUUGAUGUUGACAGCAAUGGUUACCCAGAUGUGGCAGUUGGAGCUUUUCUGUCUGAUUCUGCAGUGGUGAUACGGACUCGGCCUGUGGUGAUGGUCGAAGCGUUUUUGAUCCUCCCUGACAGUGUAAAUCGAUCUGUAGGCCUGUGCACUGAACACAACUCUCCCGCCGUGUGUGUGGAUGUCAGCGUGUGUUUUAUGGUGCAGGGAAAAGCCAUACCUGGUCGCAUAGAGUUAAAGUACAACCUUAGCGCUGAUGUAAACCACAAGGAACCCUUCCCCCCUCGCUUUAACUUCCACACCAAUGGCACUUCCAACAUCACGACAGGUCGCGUGAGGGCCAGACAUGGAGAGUUGACCUGCACCAAGCACCAGGCCUUCAUGAGGAGGGAUGUCCGGGAUAUUUUCACAGCGCUGGAUUUCGAUCUGCAGUACGAGUUGGGUGAACACAGUGUGGUAAACCGAGCGUCUGCAAGUUUUCCGCCACUCAAAGCAGUGUUACAGCAGAGAGACGGGUUCACCAACCGAGUCAGAAACCAGACUUGGUUUGCCCGACACUGUGCCUGGGAGAACUGCUCGACUAACUUGCAGGUUUCUGCACAUCUGGUGCUUCCACAGUCUUACAACAACAUGCCAUACUUUGCUCUGGGUAACGGGAAGACCAUCAUGCUAAAUACCACACUGGUUAACUCUGGAGACGAUGCUUUUCUUCCCAAGCUGCACCUCAGAUUCCCCAACAACCUGCAUUUUAUCAAAGUGCUCGACGCUGAGGAGAAACAUGUGAGUUGUGAGAUCGCUGAGGAAGAUAAAACAGCCAUCGGUCUGGACUGCAGUGUGGGAAAUCUGUACAUUCCUGCUCGGUCCAAGCUCAACAUCAGCUUAUUACUGGAUGUGAAUCAGAACAGCAGUGCUGGGGAUCUCAGCAUCAGCAUCAAUGCUACAAGAGAGAACUACGAGAACAAAGAUUUUCUACAUGAUAACGUGGCUCAUCUGACUCUGCCACUGAGAUACGGUGUGGAUCUGAAUGUACACGGACUUGUGUCUCCGAAUACAUUCAUAUUUGGAGAUCAUGAACUGACACCAGUCGACUGCUACAGUGAAAAGUUCAACUACACGUUUAAGGUGAUGAACGUUGGUCCCAGUAAAGCUCUUGAUGCCAAAGUAGAAAUCGAGAUCCCUCAGGUCAUGGUUCCCUAUCCAGACCAACUCAUCCGAAUCACAGAUUUACAGACAACUCAGGGCGUGUGCCAUGUGAAGAACAACAGCCAGCCGCUGAAGGACGACUGUGAUGUGAGGAAAGCUCGGUUCUAUGAAGAUCUGGUCUUCUACAUGUCUAAAAGCAGCAAGCGGACGAUGUUCUGUGUUAAAGUAGACGGGGCGUGUAGGAUCAUCGAGUGCAGCUUCGGUAACAUUGACAUCGGCAAAGAGGUCACCGUCAAUCUGGAGGUGGAGCUCAACCCUGAUGUUCUCCAGAUCAGCCCAGGAAGACAUGCUAUAAUGCAGAUGAACAGCAUCAUCUCUGUGAUGUCACCGGUCAAGGACAACAACACCAUCCUGCUGAAGGACAACAUCUACGCUAUAGUGAGCCUGGAGGGGCACAACAGCCAGAAGCUGCCGCCUGUCUUGGCUCAGAUAAUCAUCGGCUUUAGUCUGUUUCUGGGCCUGAGCAUUCUCGCCGUGCUGGUCUUUUGUCUCUGGAAGGCUGGAUUCUUCAAGCGAGGACUGAAGGAAAAGCAGGAGAACAUUCAGCGGGACAGCUGGGAUUACGUCCCCAAAAACGAGAGCAUAUCAUAAAUCUGCUGCAGCUUUUUAAAAGGAGUCUCCACAAAAAAAGACGUUAUGAGGGACUGAAAAGGAAUUAAAUGAAGCAAAAAAUGACGUGGGUAUUACACACUGUGGACUUCACAACUGGAAGCUGGAAGUGUGUGUGGUCCACACCUGAGUGACUGUAUUCAGGACCAAAUCAAAUGCACUUUGCUGGAGGAGGCGCUGAACUCCCAUGUGUGUGUGAAAGACUGAGAUGUUUCUCCUGGAUGAAUGGAAGCAUGAGGUGAAGGUGUUUGUGUUACUGUUUAUUACGAGUUGCUGAACAGAGGACCUGCUGUAGCAUCCAUCAGGUGUUCAGUAGGGAUUUUAGGCCCUGUCCUGAAUGGCACCCCAAGCCCUGUGGUCGUCCUAGGUGCAAGAAAUAAUGUAAAAAAAGGCAUAUGAGCCCAAGUGUGUGGUUCACCUGGUGUGUACAAGGUGAGACAAACUGCACUUGACACCAUGAUGCACAGGCAAAAGGGAGAUAUGGUGAGGUCCACACAGGGGAAACAGGGUUGAGAUAUUGAGUGCAUCUCUGAAUAUUUUACAUUUGUUUCUGGGUAGCACCAGAUCCACUGCCAUCCUGACCAGUGCUGUGACCUCGAUGUUGUUUUAUAUAGUCAAGAGCUUGUGCAGAUGCAUCACUGUGGCCAGUGAAAUACUGACAUUUGCCAUUUAGAUGGAAGUUCAUGGUUUGAGUAGUGGUGGGACAACCUAUAGCAUUUUGGACCUCAUGGGUACAUGCAAAUUCAGACCACAAGGCUGCAUUUGUGCUGUUUGGGACAGGGUCGAAGUGUCCGAUGUCUGAAGUAUGUAGUCUCUCUCUUUCUCUCUCUUAAAAACAUGCAGAAUUUGGACUGGUUGUUGUAAAUGUGCCUUAGAUACAAGUAAAUAAGUACAUUUGUGUCGCCCUGUAAUUAAAUGGCCCCAUCUAGGCCAGUGUUUAUGGGGGUGAUGUUUGGGGGUUCAUAUUGAGACGGGUGGGGACACCAGAUGGAAAGAGCGCACUAGUGCUGGGUGUUUUGGCUAAAUGCCACAGUAAGAAGCUGCAGAUGAAUGACAAGACUGAAGAACGUCUGGCACAUGGCCGAGUCAGACAGAGAGAGGAAGAGAAAAUCUUUCAAACCAAAAUUACUUAAAGGGAUGAAACAUAAAAAUAACAUUUUGUAAAAAAUCACUUCAUUUAUUUAAAAACAAAACAAAGUUGUACAACACCCUUAUCACCCCGGUCAUAUUAUUGCCCCUUUAACCUAGUAGCUGGCUGAAUCACCUUAAGCAGCAAUAACUAUAAAGAAAACUGUCGUCCUUACAGACAUUACAGACAGACUUUAAUCCUUUCUCUAUAAAAACAAGUCAUCCGUGUUAGUGUUUCUAUAGACAGUUUACCAUGACUGCUUUGACUUUAAUGGUAAGGAUCAAGAUGAGUGAGAUUUAUAUUCUACUGACCUGCUAAAAUCCAGAUUGGCUGCGUUCAAUUAACUAAAUUGGCUUGCAUUUGGUGAACUGGUUGAUUUAAGUCGCUAAGGGGGCAAUUAUUUUUACUGAGGUAAUGUGUUGGAUAACCCUAUAUACAUUAUAUUUGACAAAAAAAGGUGUAUUUUUUACCCAGUUUUCUUUGUUUAAUUUAUUUUUUCAGUGAUCUGAAAUCAGUAGGACAAAUAUGCAGUAACAGAGGCAAUCAGACAGGGGGCAAUUACCUUUACACCACUGUGCCUUAUCAAAUAAAAGAUUCUAAAUAAAUAUAUUUCUCAUCACAAAAAUUAUUACUAAGUAUCUUAAGUAAAAUUAUUACAGAAUCAGCAGAAAUAUUUGCUAAGAAAUAAACUCUGUGGUCCUAAUUAUUAAGUUCAGGUAUUUCAGUUACACUCCUAGCUAAUAGGUCUAUACAACCAAUUACAUAACAUAAAUAACUUCUAACUUUGUGGCAACAGUUUAAGGAAGGUGUUUUCCUGUUCCAGCUUGACAAAGUCUGGUGUGGAGAACCUCCAGUGGCCUGCACAAAGCCCUGACUUCAACCCCAAAAAGCAUCGUUUGGGAAGAAUUGGAAUGUAACUUGUGAGCCAGGCUUUCUUAUCCAACAUCAGUGCCUGAUCUCACGAAUGCUCUUCUGACUGAAUGGGCACAACCUUCCACAGACAGUCCAAAAUCUUGUGGAAAAUCUUCUUCUGUGUCUUAGUUGGGCCUGGAGGGAUAAAACACCAUUUGUUUUUUAAAAAGACCUUUCUAUAUUUGGAGAUUUCAGAAUGGUGAAAGAGACUGUCAACACCUUAAUCCAAAAUCUCCUCUGGAUAUCAAGUUGGGGAGAUCGAGUGGUGCAGCAGUCUUUCACGCUAGCCCUGGGGUAGACAGCCGGCCAACCAAUAGCACCGCUAAGAUGGAUCUCAUCGAAUCUGGAUCUCAGCUGUGUUAUCGGCCAGCUGGGCGUUAAUUCAGACAUGACUCACUAAGUCUGAGGAAUUGGGAAGAGGAAGGAGGCCCUGUGAUGAAUUAGGGCCCGGCCCUGUCCUGCCUGUGUUCCUGUAUUGUACCCAGUGUUUCCAGGUCAAGAAUAAAAAACAAGUUUUGUUGGGUUUGGAUCUGGUGACUGCAGGCCAAAGAAUGGUCAUAAUAUCAACUCAUUCAGUAACCCCUCUAGUUCUGUAAAUAUAAAAACUGUCAUCCUGGAUAAGACCACUCCCAUAGAACAACUAUAAAUUCAUUUGCAGACACCUUUUUAUUGAGGAAUUCUAUUUCAAUUCUAUUCAAAUCACUGUGUUUAAUAAAUAAAUGAUUUUAUUGUUUUCAGGACUUUGUAGGUUGUGUAUAAAGUGCAGAGGGUGUGUUUGUUCCUGUGUGCUUGUUUAUGUUUGUUUGCUCGUUCUCUGCUGUUAUUUAAGUACAGAUUCACUGGACUGGACUGAGUGUGUUUUUCCAAAUGAAAAUAAAAUAAGUUUUUUAUUAAAUUA